UAUAUUAAACAACCUCACAUUAUUAUUGGUAUGUAAAAAAAAAACUAAACACUGCAUAAAAUUCAUCUUUAAGCUAUCCGUCGCAAGCGUAUUUUAAUUAUAGCAACGAUUAAAUGUAAUGAAUACAUAAUAGGCCUACAAUUUUGACUGGGUUUAAAUUAGAUGCAACGACCAGUUUGUUUAGGCUACUGGUGAAUUCAAUGUGGCAAUGUGUAUUCAAAUGUGUAGUUGUCAGAAUUUGCAAAAACAACAUCGAUCGCUAUGUUUGUGAAUUUAAAUGCAUUGGCCAUUAAAAUACUGCUUGCUAAUUUAAGAAAGCUAUAAACUGAACAAUCUCAUGUCAUAUUCAAAUCUGAAGACUAUAGUGCUGCCGGCUAGAACACAGAAAACGAUAAAGAAGUCGCGUAAGAAAACCCAAAAUGCAACGAGGACAACGAUCAUAUGUUUAAAAACUCCCAUAACAAUUUUAAAGGCCUUUAUCUAAAAGUAAUAAAUCAGACUAGAUUUUAAAGAAUCUUUUGAAAAUGGUUUGUUCUUAGCACAUGUGUAUGACAAAGGGUCAAACAGAGAGUUCUCGCUUAGGUGUGAGCUAGUUAUUUAAAUGGAGCAACGAAAAGAAAGGGGUUGGCGGUUGUCUUGGAGCAGGGAGCCAUAUCACGGCAUAUCCCAGUAGCCGGGAGUGAACGUCACUCAACCGCUGUCAUCAUCUGCCGCUUUAUAGUGCCAGUGGACACCGUGAGCUCAAACGCACAAAUGCACCGCUCCUUGACGGGAUCGUAGCCUCAAAACCAAGGUAUACAGCGAUCCCACACAUUUUAUUUCAAGGAACUAUUUAUUCGCCGUCCAACCGAGGGAAAAUUGUUGGAUUAUUCUGCUUUCAAAGGUCUACAAUGCUGGGUGCUGUUAAAAUGGAAGGACAUGAUCAUUCAGACUGGAGCACGUAUUACGGCGAACCCGAGUGUUACUCCUCUGUCGGGAACAUGAAUGCAGGGCUGGGAAUGAACUCUGUGGGUGCCUACCUGAGUAUGCCGGCCAUGAAUGGCACUGGAACCAUGACAGGCAAUUCUGUUAACAUGUCAUAUAUGAACACAGCUAUGAGUCCAUCAAUGAAUAGCAUGACAGCAGGUGCCGGGGUCAUGAACGGGAUGGGUACUGGGAUGGCGACCAUGGGCGCAGCGCUGAGCCCAGGAAUGAGCUCCAUGCCGGUGCAGCCUCCUUCCAUGAACUCACUCACAUCUUACCCGAACAUGAAUGCCAUGAGUCCCAUGUACGGGCAGUCAACUAUCAGGACGAGGGACCCGAAAACGUACAGGCGAAGCUACACUCACGCCAAACCCCCCUACUCCUACAUCUCCUUGAUUACCAUGGCCAUCCAACAAUCAUCGAACAAGAUGCUCACACUGAGUGAAAUCUAUCAGUGGAUCAUGGACCUCUUUCCUUUUUAUCGCCAGAACCAACAGCGUUGGCAGAACUCUAUCCGACACUCAUUGUCUUUCAACGACUGUUUCAUCAAAGUGCCUAGAUCUCCAGAUAAGCCAGGAAAAGGCUCGUUUUGGACCCUGCACCCAGACUCAGGGAACAUGUUUGAGAAUGGCUGCUACUUAAGGAGACAGAAGCGCUUCAAAUGUGAGACGAUACGCUGCAAGGAGUCAGGCAGUAAGGCUUUGGAGAAUGGCUCUAGCAGUAGCUCUGAAAGCAGCAAUGAAAAUGAAACUCCCCGCGCCAAUAAGUCUUCAAAAGACCAGAAAUCAGAUGAGAAGUCAUGUCAGGUGCUGAGCCCGGAGCAGGUGGCCUCUACGACACAUCACACAAUGUCACAGCAUCAUGGUGCCCUCGCUCAUGAGGCCCACCUAAAGGCAGAACAUCACUAUUCUUUUGAUCAUCCUUUCUCCAUUAAUAAUCUGAUGUCCUCUGACCAGCAGCAUCAUAAAAUGGACAUAAAGAGCUAUGAACAGAUGAUGCAAUAUUCUGGGUAUGGCUCGCCUGUGGCAGGAGCCUUAUCGGGUCCGAUGACAAGCAGAACUGUCCUGGACCCCUCGCAAAUCCCCCCUGAUACUUAUUACUACCAAGGUGUUUGUUCCAGACCAAUAAUGAACUCUUCAUGAUUUUUUGGCGAUUGGCUGUUUGUCCAUAUGCAUUUUCACAUAAGCUUUCGCUAUCAAAACUUAUUUUUUGUGCGUGUGUGUGUAUAUAUAUAUAUAUAUAUAUAUAUAUAUAUAUAUAUAUAUAUAUAUAUAUAUAUAAAGUAUUCAAGCAUGAUUUGUUCAUAUGUUUUUCCAGGUUUUCAGAUGCUUCAGAAAUAAACCGCAUUUUAAAAUAAUUUGCUGUAAAAGAAGGACGUAGUAGUAAUCUAAUAUAUAUGACAAUUUGACAAGACUGAAGGCCUUUAAACAAGAAAGUAUUGCUUUAUGCUUUAUUUAAGGAUGGUUUUGUGUAUUGUAAAUAACAGGAAGGAAUUUAAAGUGUUUAUUAUUAUUAUUAUUAUUAUUAUUAUUAUUGGUGUAAAAAGUGUAACAUAGAAAGAAUAAAUUUCUCUAGAAAAAAACAAAUAUGGGCAAAUUCAAUAUUGCAUAAGUGGAUGUAUUUCUCUAAAUUCUUUUCAUGUUGAAGGUAAAAAAAACUUUGUCUCGUACAGGUGAUGCGUGCUAUUUAAUAAUAAUAAUUAUUAUUAUUAUUAUUAUUAUAAUAAACGUAAACUUUUCGUGAACACAUUAUUAUUAAUUGCAUAUUUUUUGAGACCACUUCACGAUAUUGCUAAAUAUA